CUGCACGAGCGGCGCGACUAUACACGCCUGCUGCCGUUUGCCCCGAAGUCCGCGAGCGCGAUCGUCUUGCGUACUUUUGGCGCACUUUGUUCAGUCGCAAACGCGAUUUGAUUCCAAACGGACGCAGCACCGACCGGGGGACCGUUGAGGUUCAGCGUGUGUACGCGCGCGCGUGUUUUUCAUCUCGUUCGUAGGUUUUCGAUUCGAUAGUGCAAUUUUGCUUCGAGCAUUCGAAAACCACCACCGACCGCUAAACCGAAAGCACCGAAGAUCAGGCCGAAUGAUGUGAAGCGAAGCAUGUUUCAAGUUCAUAUUGCGAUAAGGUGUGUGCAAGUGAUUCGCCAGUGAUGCUGAACCAGUGAAUUAGUGUUACAUCGAUCGUAGAAGCAUUUUAAGGGGCCGAAGAAAAAAGAAGAAUAAAGAAAAGCCAAAUGAAAAUGUGGUUCGCUCAGAUGUCGUUGAAUAUCUUUCUGAUCCUGCUGUUGCUGAUGUGCCAAGAGAAUAAAUUUCACCGCUGGAAGGUGGAUGCCCAGCUCAGUGCGUUCAGACCGACCAUCUUCGACAACACCGAGUGGCGGUUGUUCUUCCACCUGUACAGGAACAUCACAAUGAUGAUGGCCGGUCGUACAGGGCUGAAAACGAGGGGAAACUUUCUGCAGACUCCCGUCCCGGAAAGUGUCCCUUUUCCCUGUGAUACUUCGGUGGGAAGAAGCCGCGAGCCACCGUCCAGUGUGCACAAGUUGAGACCAGGUGAUGUCAACGUGAUUGCCGCCAUCGGAGAUUCGGUGAUCACGGCAAGUGGGGCAUCCGCAACUAGUUUCUUAGAGCUAUACACGGAAAACCGAGGCCUCUCCUGGUGCAUCGGUGGUCAGUGGAAUUGGCGCAAUGCCACAACGCUUCCUAACAUUUUAAAAGUUUAUAAUCCUAAGUUAGUAGGUUAUUCGUACCGCGACUCGUACAGUUUCCACUGGGACUCGCAGUUCAACAAUGCAGAAAUCGGUGCCAUCUCGAAAGAGCUUCCCCACAUGGCGCGCCAGAUGGUGACGCGCAUCAAGUCCGACCGGCGAGUGAACUUCAAAAAAGAUUGGAAAAUCCUCACCUUGACCAUCGGAGGAAACGACAUCUGCGCGUACGUGUGCACGAUGAAGAAUCCGGAGUCGCUGCCGCUGAAGCAUCGCCGGAAUCUGCUGACGACGCUGCGCUACCUGAGGGACAACUUGCCGCGGACGUUCGUCAAUAUCGUUUCCAUGCCGGACGUGGAAAAGGUUGCGUCGGUCGCCGGCAAACCUGCCAUCUGUUGGAUUCUGCACCACGGCGAGUGUCCCUGCUGGGUAGGGCCCAUUCACAACUCAACGGAUUCUUCUAGAUCAAGAUGGGCUCGCAUACAGAAACAGUACAAAAAGGUUGAGGAAGAAGUGCCUCAAAUGGACGAGUUUCGUGGACUCGAUGAAUUUGCCGUGGUUCACCAGCCGUGGACAAAGAGGCUUUCCCUAAACGAUGAUAAAGGAGUGGAUUUUACGCUGCUCUCCUACGAUUGCUUCCAUAUGAGCCAGAAAGGCCAUGCUCGGGCAGCCGCCGCGCUGUGGAACAACAUGCUCGAGCCACCCGGCAAGAAACGGUUGAACUGGGAUCCGCCUUACGUCAACUUCCGAUGCCCUUCACAGCAAAACCCAUAUUUCUACACCUACGACAACAGCUAACAACAGCAACGAACCAAAUUGCGUUAUACAUAGUGCAAACAGCUAGUGGAAAGAAAGAAAAAUGUUAUCCAUUCAUCGUUCGUCCAUUGGCAAAGUGAUAAUUAUGCAAUGGCAGAGGAUCGAUAAAUAACGCUCCGAAUAAUAAUAACAAUAAUAAUAAUGAUGAUGAUACCGGCACGGCGGUGUGGUAUGCCAGA